AUGCCGGUGAUCCAAAACCUCCGCGCGGACGCCAUGCGGGAGCGCCACAUCAACGCCAUUGUGAAGGAGGUCAAGGAGACCUUCAACCCGAAAGAUGCCAGCUUCACGCUGCAGCGCGUCAUGGAUUUGGGCCUGCAGAACCACGCGGAUCUGAUCGCUCGGCUUUGUGACGAUGCCAAGAAGGAGGCGAAGAUCGAGAACGGCUUGGAAGAUAUUUCCAGGAUUUGGUCCACAAUGACCAUUGACGUGGUGGAGCACAAAGGCGAUGCGUUCAAGGUGCGAAGCACGGAGGAGCUGUACCAGGCACUGGAUGAGAACAUCCAGGCGCUCUCCUCCUACAAAAGCUCGCCGUUCUACCUGCCCUUUGCCGCCAAGGUGGAGCACUGGGAGAAGACCUUGGCGAACAUCUCAGAGGUCACCGAAGCCAUCCAGUCGGUGCAGAAGAGCUGGAUGUACUUGGAGAACGUCUUUCGUGGCUCUGAGGAUAUCCGACCACAUCUGCCGGAUGAGUCCAUCAUGUUCGACGAAGUGAAUGAGGGCUUCAUCAACAUGAUGAGGAAGGUCUAUCAGGAGCCUUUGGCGACGAAGGCGUGCAACCAGCCGAAGAUGCUGGAGAAUCUGAACUCCUUUGAGGCAUCCUUGGAAAACAUCCAGAAGAAGCUGAACGACUACCUGGAGAAGAAGCGCCAGUUCUUCCCGCGGUUUUACUUCAUCUCCAACGACGAUCUGCUGGAGAUCUUGGGCCAGGCGCGAGAUCCGGAGCAGGUGCAGAAGCACAUCAAGAAGUGCUUUGAAGGCGUGAAGUCCCUCGAGUUGCAGCCGCCGGCGCAGAACCGGCGCUGGGAGGCCUUGGGCCUGAACGCGCCUGACGGGGAGCGGGAGAAGUUGGUGGCGCCCGUCAAGCUGGAAGGUCCUGUGGAGGUCUGGCUCGGCCUGGUGGAGAGGAGGAUGUUUGAGUCCCUCAAGGCACACUUGGUGAAGUGCCACAACAUGAACAUCAACCCCAAGGCGAUGAAGAAGGAGAAGUGGGUGAAGGAGUUCUUAGGCCAACUGCUGAUCACCUCCGGGCAGAUUGCUUGGACCACCGACUGCGCCUUGGCCCUGUCGAAGGUGGAGAAGGGUCAGAAGAACGCGCUCAGGAUGCUGAAGCGGACCCAGAGCAAGUACAUCAGCAAGCUAUGCGAGAUGAUCCGGAAGCCUCUCACCAAGAUCGAGCGCAACAAGCUGGUGGCACUGAUCACCAUCGAGGUGCACGCGCGAGACGUGCAGGAUCGCAUGAUUACGCUGAAGACGGAGUCCCCCUCCAACUUCAACUGGACCUCCCAGCUCCGCUUCGAGCUGCGGGAUAGCCAGGAGCCGGGGGCGGUUCAGGCCUGCUUCGUGCUGCAGACCAACACCACAGCCCCUUACGGCUACGAGUACCAGGGGAACAAUGGACGGCUGGUGGUCACACCUAUGACGGACCGAUGCUACAUGACGCUGACGACAGCCAUGCACCUGAAGCGCGGCGGCGCGCCGGCGGGCCCUGCGGGCACCGGCAAGACGGAGUCGGUUAAGGACUUGGGCAAGGGCAUGGCCAUGUAUGUCAUCGUCUUCAACUGCUCCGAUGGCCUGGACUACAAGUCUUUGGGGCGGAUGUUCUCAGGGCUUGCGCAGUGCGGAUGCUGGGGCUGCUUCGAUGAGUUCAACCGAAUCGAUGUCUCUGUGCUGUCUGUUGUGGCAGUCCAGAUCAUGACGAUUCAAGCGGCGCUGAGGGAAGAGAAGGAGAAGUUCAUGUUUGAGGAGAUCCUCAUCAACUUGAAGCCGACCUGCGCGGUCUUCAUCACCAUGAACCCAGGCUACGCGGGGCGCUCGGAGCUGCCGGACAACCUGAAGGCGCUCUUCCGGCCCGUGGCCAUGAUGGUGCCGGACCUGGCGAUGAUCAUGGAAAUCAUGCUGGUCUCCGAAGGCUUUAAGGACUUUAAGAUGCUGGCCAAGAAGAAGUUCACCCUCUACCAGAUGAUGCUGCAGCAGAUGUCCAAGCAGCAUCACUACGACUUCGGCCUGCGCAACAUCAAGUCCGUGCUGGGCUGCGCAGGCGCGCUGAAGCGCAAGGAGCCAGACAUGCCCGAGCAGAUCCUGCUGAUGCGCGCUAUUAACGAUGACAUGAACGCUCCCAAGUGGGUCUCCCAAGAUGUGCCCCUCUACAACGCGCUUCUCAGCGAUAUCUUCCCAGGCGUGGAGCUCCCCAUCCCGGACUACGGCAAGUUGGAAGAGGUGAUUUUGCAGGUGCUCGGCGAGAUGGGCUGCCAGAAGGUGAAGCACUCGGUGGCCAAGUGCAUCAGCAUCUACGAGACCAAGAUCACGCGGCACGGGAACAUGUUGGUGGGCGGCACGCUGGGCGGCAAGAGCGUUUGCUGGAAGGCCCUGGCCAAGGCGAAGUGCAUCCUGAAAUCCAUGGGCCAGGAGGGAAUGGAAAAGGUGCAGUUUGAGAUCAUCAACCCGAAGUCCAUCACCAUGAACGAGCUCUAUGGCGCCUACGAUGCGAUUACCAUGCAGGAGUGGACCGAUGGCGUCCUCUCCUCCAUCAUGAGGCGUAUGUGCCAGGACGAGAAGCCUGAUGAGAAGUGGCUGGUGCUGGAUGGUCCGGUGGACACCCUUUGGAUCGAGUCCAUGAACACCGUGCUGGACGACAACAAGGUGUUGACGCUCAUCAACGGCGACCGCAUCUCCAUGCCGCCGAUGGUGCGCCUGCUUUUCGAGGUGGCGGAGCUUUCACAGGCUUCGCCUGCCACAGUCUCCCGCGCCGGCAUGGUUUACUUCGACCCACCGGACCUCGGAUGGGAGCCCUACUUCCAGAGUUGGAUCGAGAAGUUCAUCCCCAGCAACCGCCAGCAGGAUGUGAAGGCGUUGUCCGAGAAGUGGAUCCCCAAAUGCUUGCGGAUCCGGAAGACCUGUGUAGAGCUCGCACCCAUCGUGGAUGCCAAUGCCGUGAUGUCCCUCACUCGAUUAUACGAGACCUUAGCGCCUCGCAUCGACAUCGAGACCUUUGGGGAGAAGGCUCUGGAAGCGCUGGACAAGUUGUUCGCCUUCUCCUUGAUCUGGUCUUUGGGCGCUUCUCUGACCGAGGCCUCACGACCGACCUUUGACCAGUGCGUGCGCGAGGUGGAGAGAACUACUUCCCGGCCUCGCACUCCAUCUACGACUACGGCUUCAACUUCGACAAGGCGGACUUCGCCCCCUGGGACGAGAAGCUGCCGAACCCCUUCAAGCCAGAGGAAGGCACGCCGUUCCACAAGAUCAUUGUGCCCACCACGGACACUGUGCGAAAUUCCUUCAUCCUGA